AUGUGGAGGCAAGUGGUCACCAAAUUCGGAAUCCCGGAAGCCGUAAUAUCAGAUAAUGGGACACAGUUCACCGAUAAGAAGUUCAAAGAAUUCCUAGCAGGAUUGGAAAUUAAGCAAAAGUUCUCCUCAGUCGAGCACCCCCAGGCCAACGCGCAGGUAGAGGUAGCCAACAAAGUCAUUUUAAAAGGGCUAAAGAAGCGACUUGAGGGGAAGAAGGGCUCAUGGGCUGACGAGCUAGCCUCAGUCUUAUGGUCCUACAGAACCUCCCCCCAAUCAUCUACCGGCGAAACCCCCCUUCCGACUCACAUACGGGGUCGACGCAGUCAUCCCAGUCGAAGUCGGAGAGCCGAGCCCAAAGUUACUCCUAGGAGGGGGAAGCGAGGCAGUCGAAAAAGAUUUGGUUGA